GCUACUCUCAUGUCCCUUCCGGAUCUCCUCCGACCGUCAUAUAUUGCCGUCGCGGAACCCUAACGAUUAAAGCCAGUAACUCUCUCCCAGUAUCGGGGGAAAAAAAACCUCUCUCACAGAACCUACGCUAUUUCUUAUACUUCUCCUCGCCAUUGGAUGCUUGACAAUUCCCAUCGCGGCAUUGGGCAUCGUAGUGCUUCUUUUUUCCCACCCACCGGCGCAGUUUCUCGCCUCUCUCGGGAGAUUGAAUUGAAUUGAAUAUUCGGUGUGCUUGAGUUAGGCUUCUUUCGAUUAUUCCUUUUUACACUGUUCCUUGUUAGAAUUGGAGAAUGGAGAUGCCUUGAACUUUCAAUUGUCUCAGAAAAAAGAGAGAGCUAGUUGAUCGAAUGAACGUCGAAUAUCUUCCGCUCUAUUUCGCUCCUCAGGUUCGUUUUCAAAUCCCUUUCGCUUUGUCUGUCUGGUUACUCUGAAUGCUUCCUUGGUUUUUGCAAAACUAUGCUAAUGACUAAAGGUUUUAAUGUGUUCAGGUCUUCUUCUGACCAAGUAGCAUAGUUAUAAGACUGAGGUUGCCAAUAAUGGAUAGAGAACUAGAGAAUCAGAAUGAAAAAGCUGAUGAUUUUGUACAAUCCCCCUCAAAUUCACGGUCGGCUGAUGAGAACUAUGAGGAAAUUGAAGAUGCCGAGGGAACCUUCCCACCGUCACAGAUAGAAGAACGGGACGAUGAGGAAGCUGAAUUUCUGGCAGAAAGCUCGUCUCAGUUCCAUUCAGGUGCUGGCGAGAUGAUUGAGGAAGGUGAAAAUCUUGUGGAGGAAUCGCCUGAACCUCAAAUAAACGAAGAAGCUGAAGUUGCUGUGGAAGCAUUGAGCAAAGUAGUUGGCACUUCGAAAAGGUCUUCUAAGUCGUUGGGGACUAAACCUAAAGAUGUGGAGAAAUCCCCCGCUGGGAACUCAUUGAAGAGAAGCAGUCCUAUAGGCACAGCUGAAGUUGCCAUGGAAUCGACCACCAAGCUCAAUUCAGGUGACGACCAGAUGAUUGAUGAAGGUAAGAACCCUGUUGUUGAAGAAAGUAAUAAAUCUCAAACAGAUCAGGAGAAGAGUGACGAAGCUGAGGAUCCUAUGGAUUCAUCAGAUAAAGCAGAGACCCCCAAAAGGAUUACCAAGCCACUGCAGGCGAGAUCUAAAGUUGCCAAGAAAUCUACUCCUGGCAACUCAGCGAAGAAAAGCAACAUGAUAGGCGUUGCUGAAAUUCUUAUAGACUCCUCCACUGAGCUCAAUUCAGCUGAUGACCAGAUGAUUGAUGAAGGUGAAAAGCUACUGAUAGAAACCGUUAAACCUCGAACAGACGAGAAAAAAACUGAGGACUUUGUGGAAGGAUCAGAUAAAGCAGACACAUCUGGGAGGACUCCAAACUCAUUGCAGGCUAGACCUAAAAUUGCCAACAAAGCUUCUGCAGCGAAGGUAAAAAGUGCAGCAGGUAACAAACAACUGAAAGGGAAAAUUAUGAAGAAGAAGGCUGUGCGAGUGGGCAAUAAAUUAAGUGCUCUGUCUGAAAAUGGAGUUGUGAUGGGUUUAGCUGCUGCUGAGAAUGUACAGAAGAAGGAUAUUGUUGCUGAUAUAGACCCCGGUGAGAAGGACCAUGUCAAGACCCCAGCGAAUGAACUGAUAGUUGGCGAAUCAAGUAAGAGUCAAGAGGACCAAAAGAAUAAUGGGAAUCAAACAGGUACUACUAGGAUAAGGGUUCGUAACCGGAAGAAUAAGCGAAAAAUCGAUGGAGGGGCAGUGAGUCAAAAUGUUGAGAAGAAGAAAAAACUUGAUACAAGCGACAAAGUCCACCAAGAUGAGAAUGAGAGGAAGAAUGUGCUUGGGGUUGAGGACAAGAGCCCAAAAGAUGAGAAGAGGAAAGGAAAGAAUAUUGCAAACGAUAAUAAGAGCAAUCAGGAUGAGAAGGAGGAAAUCGAUCACAAGAAAAGUGCCCAAGAUAUGAAGAAUGAGAGACUUGGUGGUUUAAUCUUUAUGUGUAGCUCAAAAACCAGGCCUGAUGUUUUCAAUUAUGGUGUCAUGGGCGAGACUAUUGGCAAGAAGGAAAUUGUUCGGAAUAUUAAGCCUGGUCUUAAGCUUUUUCUCUAUGAUUUUGAGCGCCGAGUUAUGCAUGGGAUUUAUGAGGCUUCCUCUUCUGGUGGGAUUAAACUAGAGCCCAAGGCGUUUGGUGGCUCAUUCCCAGCCCAGGUGCGGUUCAGGAUCUACAAAGAGUGCAGCCCUCUUCCCGAGUCCACCUUUAAGAAGGCUAUCAAGGAAAACUACAAUAAGAAGAACAAGUUCGAUAUAAAGCUUACAGUUCGACAAGUCAGGAAGUUAAUCACACUCUUCCGACCAGCUGCCUCCUCACUUCCGCAGACAAAGCCACUGCCUGCCCACCCUGCCCAGGCAGCUGCUCGGGAUAGGGAGCCUCCUCGCUCAGGUAGAAGAGAUCGUGUUGAAAGGGAUGCAUAUGCUAAACCGAGAGAUAGGUCUCACAGGCGGGACCCAGCAACUAAACUUAAAGAAAACAGGAGUUGGCAGCACCCACCUGCUCGACGACACGAAAGGGAUCUUCCUAUUAGGUCCAGGGAGCUAUUGGCGUCACCAGUACAGAGAAGAGACCCACCGCCGGAACGAGAACGUGAUCUGUACAUGAGUGAAAGGGAAUACCGAACUUACGGGCUUCAAUCAGACCGAAGAAACUUGUCUCCUAUGCUUCGCCGCAGUUUAGAUCGUGAAAGGGAAUGUGAAAGAGAACGGCUUGUCCGGCAGGUUGUGUCGCCCAUUUACCGUGAUCCCUUACCGGUUGAACCGUUGUACUACACUCAUCAUCAGCAAGUGGGUGAUCCUUAUAUCCCAAGUGCUCGAGGAGGCGAAUUGCACUAUGGACCUUCUUCCUCCGUAGCUGCAACCGCAUCUAUUCCAACCUCUGGGUUGGAUUCUUAUGUAAGAGAUUCAUACUACUCGGUGGCAUACGAUUAUGGUACUGGCACUCUGUCUUCUUACUUGCCAAGUCGGAGGAGGGAUGUCGGUUCGGGUUACUCUUCAUACCUACCAGUCGGGCGGGAACCUGAGCGACUUGACCUCUUGCGCUCUGGUUAUGCAACGACUUUGGACAGGUUAUCUUCUUACGAUGAUCCGAGAUACUACUCAGAGGCUAGUGCGGAAGCUGCUGCAGCUACUGCGCCAGUUUCAUCACGAUACUCAUUCGCCGGGCCAUCAUCUUACAGCUAUCGAUGAGUUGCUGGUAAGGUUUGAGGCUUUGAGCCGUGUUAUAUAUCUCUUUCCUGCCUACUCUUGGUUGUUUUCAUAUUGGCACUUUUGCGCAUCUGCAGAAUGUUCUUUAUUUAUUUGCAGGCGGGCUUAUGAAUCAUGAAGGUAAUAAUUUGUUGCUCCUUUGAUCCGGUCGUGUAUGCAUUUGAAUGGAAUUUUUGAUGGCGCAAAUCCGUUUAUGUGUAACAGAAGGCAGUCUUUUCUUUUAUACAUCUCUUUCCUGCCUACUCUUGGUUGUUUUCAUAUUGGCACUUUUGCGCAUCUGCAGAAUGUUCUUUAUUUAUUUGUAGGCGGGCUUAUGAAUCAUGAAGGUAAUAAUUUGUUGCUCCUUUGCUCCGGUCGUGUAUGCAUUUGAAUGGAGUUUUAUAUGGCGCAAAUCCGUUUAUGUGUAACAGAAGGCAGUCUUUUCUUUUAUUUAAUUUUUUUUCUUUGACAAGCAAAGAUGAAUGCAUGUAACAGAAGGCAGCCUUUUCUUGUAUCGAUUCAUCAAGUUAGGCCUUUGAAAAUUGUUGUUGAGCAAGCUUUAUUAUGUACGACAUUUGCAAUGGAAGACGAAUUCAAAAUCAAAGAGCAAGCUUUCA